AUGGAAAAAUUUACCUCAAAUAACGGACUAUUAACAGUGGGAGAAAGCAAAUAUAUGUUGCGUGUCUUAAAAAUGAAUGGUUCCACUAUGCUCUUCAUAAGUAAUGUUGAACCGGAAUGUCUCGAUGAAAUAGCAGUAGCAAUGGAAAUGCCACAGGAUAAAAAGAUUUUGGGUACUACAAUAUUUGGAACGAGUUCGUUAUCGGAUUCUCAAUUUCUAGCUGAAAGAUUAAGCAAACGUUUCAUGCGUCAAUUUUUUGUAAGUUUAAAUGUUAGCACGGAUCGUAUGCUAACACCGCUAUUCCAAGAGCAACUGACAAUAUACAUAAACCAACUUUUAAAUGAUUUUAUAUAGUAGUAGUGUUGUAGUGACAUUCGAAUAUCGUUCAAUACAAUAAAACAGAGUAAUUUAUAUGCAUUGCGCUUGAGUUCGUAUUCAUAUUGAUGUGUGUAGUUUUAAUUUUGAAAUAGCUGGACGGACUCGCACACAUCAGGAACACGUACUUUCCGGGGCGGACCGAUUUAUCCUUGAGUAAAGAUGUUCAAUAUAGGCGAGAACAAUAAAUCUCCAAUCCGGUAUUGGC